GGGAAAGUCUCCAAAGCUCUCUUCUCUUGCUCCAACUCAGUACUCUUAUUAAAAAAAAAUCCUUAAAAAAAUAGUAAAACCAAAAAUUAAGGUUAAAUAAUAUAUAAAGAUUUUUUGUUUUUUCUUUCUCUGUCUAAAAAAAUUGUCAAAAUUAUAGUAAAAAAAGUCUUGUAUUAUAUACGUUUAUUCUUCUUAUUCUUUAUUCUCUCUCUCUCAAAAAAAAAAAAAGUUCAUUUGUUAUUCUUAUAAAUAUCAAACAAAACUCUCACAUUUCAAGCUAUAAAUUUGUUAUUCUUUAAGGAAAAAAAACACCAAUUUUACUAACAUAACAAUUUUUUUUUUUAUUAUUAUUAUUAUUAUUAUUAUUAUGGGUUGUGUUUGUAUGAAGCUAAAGAAGUUUAGAUAUAAUGACCCUAAAGUUCUUGCUUCUCAUACUUAUUCUAAGCCAUUUAGAUAUGAAGAAGAAAAUCAUGAAGUUCUUGCUUCUCAAACUUAUUUUACUAUAAAUGAAGUUGAAUUUGUACAUGAGCUUUUCAAGAAAUUAAGUAGUUCUAUAAUUGAUGAUGGUUUAAUAAACAAAGAAGAAUUUCAACUUGGUUUAUUUGGGAAUAGCAAAAAACAAAGUCUUUUUACAGACAGAAUAUUUCAAAUGUUUGAUACCAAACAAGAUGGGGUAAUAGAUUUUGGUGAAUUCGUUCGAUUUCUAAGUAUCUUCCAUCCAAAAACACCUCAAGCUGAAAAAGUUUCAUGUGCUUUUCAACAAUAUGAUUUAUGGAAUACUGGCUUCAUUGAACAUGAAGAGGUUAAGGAGAUGAUCAUGGCACUUCUAAAAGAAUCAGAUUUGAUUCUCCCUGAUGAGAUAAUUGAAUCAAUUGUCAAAAAGACUUUUGAAGAAGCUGAUUUUAAAAGAGAUGGGAAAAUUGACAUGGAAGAAUGGAAGGAAUUAGUGGCUAAAAAUCCAUCCUUAUUGAAAAACAUGACAAUUCCAUAUUUGAAGGACAUUACAACUAUGUUCCCAAGUUUUGUGCUAAAACCAGAUAUAGAAGACAACAACAAUAACUUCUGAAAUUUCGAAGUUAUUUCGAAGACUAGAUUAGAAUUUCGAAGCUUCUUAUCGAGCUCUUCAAUGGCGUAUCUCGUGAUAAAGUUAAACUUCAUUAAAUUUGUCAAACUAACCAUUUCAAAUAUUAAAAUUUGUAAAAUAACCUCAUUUAAUUACUCUAUGACCAUGAUGAUCACAUAAUGUAAAUCUAUGGUUGUUUAAAAAUUUUUGUAAAAUUAUUUUACCAAUAAAAAUUUUCAUAAAGGUUAUUUUUACAAAACACUCGAAGAUUACAGCCAAUUGGUGGCACCAAAGAAGAAGCAAAUUCCUAAAAAUUCCAACACAUGAAAAUUGUUGCAAUAAGGGCAAUUUAUCAUAGUGGAAUUGUUCUCCUCACCUUGAGUUGUUGCCUAACAAUAGAAGCUAAGAACUUGUUGGAAAGUCCAUGAUUCAUAGAUGGUUUGAACAUUUAGACACAUUAGGAAGAUAGUAAUGUAUGUAAUAAUUGAUACCAAUUGAGAUGUAAAUGAUGGAAAUUUCUCAUAUGUAUCUGUAUUUAUGUAAAGGAAAAUCCUUUGACCUUGUUCAACAUCACAAAAGUAGGCUACACUGAAUUUUUAU